CAUGUCAAUAUAUAAAUCACAAUUCACAACAUAAAGUUAUAUUCUCAUUCUCAUCAUCAUAUUACAUAUAUUUUCCCACAAUAUUUGUUCACAAUUCAAAUUCAUUCAAUAUAUCUUCUUCAUUAGCAACAUGAACUUUCCUAACAAUAUUGAUGAUGGAAGUUCACAAAAAAGAGAACUUCAACUACAAGGUCCUCGCCCUACACCUCUAAGGAUAAACAAAAACUCUCAUAAGAUCAAGAAACCACCAUUAGCCCCACAAGCCCAAAUUCGUCAGCCGGUUAUCAUCUACACCGUAUCUCCGAAGAUAAUCCAUACUACGCCAAAUGAAUUCAUGAGCCUUGUUCAACGUCUCACCGGUUCUUCCAAUUCCUCGUCGAAUAUGGCAUCAACGUCGAAUAAUUCUUUAAACGACAUUAAUACUAGUUGUGAGACGACAAAGCUGACCGUUGCAUCAUGUGCCGCAAUAGAGAAGGUUAGAGAACCUAAUCAAGAGAUGAAAAAACAACAUCAAAAUGAUGAGAAUAGUGGUGAUGAAAAUACAAGUUUGUUUCACGGAAUUUUCUCACAAGCAUCACCGUUAUUAGAUCAGAACAUGGCUAGGUUCAUUAACAACUUGAGCCGGCCUGAUCUAUAUGAAAAUAGAAAUUUGGAGAAUAGUUUCGUCAUGCAAAACCUUUCAAAUUUCAUUUCGAUUUCACCUCAAACUCCAUUGACAGACUUGUUCAAUAAUUUCUCUAAUUAAUCAAUUUGAUGUCUUUUUAAUGUUGAAACUUAUAUUUAUAGAAAAGAAAAAGGUAAGUCUAGUGGGAGUAGGUUCAUGCUGAUUAGAAAGGGGAUUGAAUGGAAUUUUGUUACUAUUCUUUGAU